AUGAAGUCCUCAGCCUAUUUCGUCAUUGUCGCAGCGACUUUUGGCCUUGCCGAGGCCCAGUGCAAUGCAAACAACUGUGCUCGAGCCGUCACGGGAACUCGUCUUGGUCCCGCAACUCAAGCGGUCCGUCGAGCCGACUGCUCCUCAUACCAGAGGACUACCAUCACCCGCUAUGAACAGACCGCAUCUAUUACCGUCACCUCUCCCGCCUCUUUUGAUGUCACCCGCACUUUGGCAUCUUCGACUGUAACCAUUACAACCACCGUCCCGCUAAUUAUUAUCAUCGAUCCCGUCCAGCCUUCGUUCUCUAUUGAUCUCCCUGAGAUUCCCAUUAUCACUAGCCCCUCAGGCUUCAGACGUCGUGACCUUGAGGGUCGUCAAUUAGUGUCUUCGUCAGCUUUCGCCCCUAUUCCGGCAUAUGCUUCGGCAUGCAGCGGUGCGUCGGCCUACCGAAGUGCCUGUUCAUGCUGGGGCAUCACGCCUAGCUUCGUGACGGCUAGCGUGCCGGGCACCACGACUCUGACCAUUACUUCGCUCUAUGUCGAUACUGUUACCGUGAUUGGAACUGAUGUCACCACUACGACUGCCCUCCACCACCUCUACAGACGAGCCUUCCGUCACAGCGACAGAGGAAUCUUCCACCGCCUCUACAGAUGA